AAUGAAAAGCGUUGAAAGCCAAUCACAACAAACACUACUCAUUCACACACAAACUUUCAAUGGAGAGAACAACCCACCUCUCUCCCUACACAAGCCACCAUCAAGCCACCACCAAACACCACCCAUACUCCGACUCUGGCGGCACCGAGACCUGCCCGGAUGACGAUAAAUGGGCUGCCAAACUUCUCCGAGAGUGUGCCCAAGCCAUCUCGGACAAAGAUUCCGGCAAGAUCAACCACCUUUUAUGGAUGUUAAAUGAACUCUCUUCACCUUAUGGUGAUUGUGAUCAAAAACUAGCUUAUUACUUCUUGCAAGCACUCUUUUGCAAAGCAACCGAAUCCGGUCAACGGUGUUACAAGACUUUGGUUUCGGUUGCUGAUAAAAGCCAUUGCUUUGAUUCCGCAAGAAAGUUAAUACUCAAAUUCCAAGAGGUUUCACCUUGGACAACUUUUGGUCAUGUUGCAUCUAAUGGUGCUAUCUUGGAAGCCUUUGAUGGUGAGACUAAGCUUCAUAUUAUUGAUAUUAGCAACACGCUAUGCACCCAAUGGCCUACUUUGCUAGAGGCUUUAGCGACUCGAACCGAUGAGACUCCUAGUUUAAAGCUAACCGUGGUUGUCACCGCGGCCAUGGUUCGUUCGGUUAUGAAGGAAAUCACUCAAAGGAUGGAGAAAUUUGCGAGGUUGAUGGGUGUCCCAUUCGCGUUUAACGUGAUUAACGGAUCGAAUAAGCCGUUAGGGAAGUUUACUAAAGAAGAGUUAGGUGUUCAAGAUGAUGAAGCUAUUGCUGUGAAUUGUAUUGGAGCUUUGAGAAGGGUUGAAGUUGAGGAAAGGGGAGAUGUUAUUCGGCUUUUUCGAUCGUUAAACCCUCGAGUAGUAACCAUAGUCGAAGAAGAAGCCGAUUUUACUAGCUCAAGAAGUGAUUUUGUCAAGUGUUUUGAUGAGUGCUUAAGGUACUACACUUUGUACUUUGAGAUGUUGGAUGAAAGCUUCACUCCCACUAGUAACGAACGUUUGAUGUUGGAACGUGAGUGUUCAAGGAGCAUCGUUAGGGUUUUGUCGUGUGAUGAUAAACAUAAUAUUGGUUUAGGAGAUUGUGAAAGAAGAGAGAAAGGAAACCAAUGGUGUGAGAGGCUCAAUGAGCUUUUUUCACAUGUAGGGUUUAGUGAUGAUGUUGUGGAUGAUGUUAAAGCCUUACUAAAGAGGUACCGAACCGGAUGGUCUCUCGCGAUUGAUCAAACCGAUCCGAAUUCAAAUUCAAAUUCGGGUUCAGGAAUAUUGUUAGCUUGGAAAGAUGAACCAGUUGUAUGGGCUUCAGCUUGGAAACCCUAAUCAAGAAAGAACUCAAGUUGCAUGCUUUUUCAUGCGUAGAUAAUGUUGGUGCUCAAUUAGCUUCAAAUCUUGUUGCUUGAACAUGUAGUAUGUAAGUUGGUGCCAACAUGAUACAAACUAAAAGGGUAUCAACAUGAUCCACCAUAUUCAUUAAAACCCUAAUUUGAAGGUUCAUUAAAAGUUAAAACUCAUGUGUGGAUUUUCGGAUUUGAAGGUUGAAGAUAGAUAGAAGAAGAUGUAGUGUUUUUAUUUAUAGAAAAUAGUAAAGAUCAAUGUCAUGAAGAUGACUAGAUGAGUAUAUUUGCAGGCACUUUAAGUGUGGGUGGUUUCUAUAAUGCUUUUUUAGCUUUUCUUGAUGUCCUAAAGUGUUUUGAGUUUGUGCUUUAUAUUUUAUGUUUAUUGGUGUGUUCUUAGAUUGAAGUCCUUUUCCAUAUAUGUAUUUAUCUUUCUAUUAGAUUGAAGUCCUUUUCCAUAUAUGUAUUUAUUUUUUUCUAAAAAGUUGGUUUGAUUUAUUU